ACUUUCUUCUUAGUUCUUACCCUUCUUUGAUGACUCUUGUCUUCUUCUUGUGUGUUUCUUUGAUGAGUUAGUUGUUCUGAGUGUUAGUUUCCCUUUAGUUUGAAAAUUCAAGAAAAGCUUGGUCUCCUUCGAUGGCGAAGGUUGUGGAUGAUCAACUGUACAUGGAGCUGUGGACAGCUUGUGCAGGGCCACUUGUGGAAGUUCCUCGUUAUGGUGAAAGAGUUUUCUACUUCCCUCAAGGUCACAUGGAACAAUUGGUGGCUUCCACUAAUCAAGAAGGAGUAGUUCAUCAAGAAUUACCAGAUUUUAAUCUUCCUUCAAAGAUACUUUGUCGAGUUCUUAAUGUCAUGUUAAAAGCAGAACAUGAAACAGAUGAAGUUUACGCUCAGAUCACAUUACAACCAGAGGAAGAUCAAAAUGAACUUACAAGCCUUGAUCCAACUGUAACUGAACCUGCUAAACAAACUAUUGAUUCGUUUGCUAAGAUUCUAACAGCUUCUGAUACAAGCACUCACGGUGGCUUCUCUGUUCUUCGUAAACACGCUACUGAGUGUUUGCCUUUACUUGAUAUGACACAACCUACACCGACUCAAGAACUGGUAGCUAGAGAUCUCCACGGCUAUGAAUGGAGGUUUAAGCAUAUAUUCAGAGGACAACCAAAGAGACAUUUACUUACAACUGGUUGGAGUACAUUUGUAACCUCUAAAAGACUUGUAGCUGGAGAUGCAUUUGUGUUCUUGAGGGGUCAAAAUGGGGAUCUACGAGUUGGCGUGAGACGUUUAGCUAGGCAACAAAGCACAAUGCCUGCAUCAGUGAUCUCGAGUCAGUGUAUGCACUUGGGAGUUCUUGCUACAGCUUCUCAUGCUGUCAAUACCAAAACUAUGUUUGUUGUCUUCUAUAAGCCUAGGAUAAGCCAAUUCAUAAUAAGUGUGAACAAGUAUAUGGCGGCCAUGAAGAAUGGGUUCUCUAUUGGUAGAAGGUUUAGAAUGAGAUUUGAAGGAGAAGAGUCUCCUGAGAGAAUGUUUACGGGUACGAUUAUCGGUACUGGAGAUCUAUCUCCUCAAUGGCAAGCUUCAAAGUGGAGGUCAUUGCAGAUUCAAUGGGACGAGCCGUCUUCGGUUCAUAGACCAAACAGGGUAUCACCGUGGGAGAUAGAGCCUUUCUCACCGUCCAAGCUCACACCAACGCCUACUCAACCACAGUCCAAGUCCAAACGGUCUAGACCUAUUGAUUCAGCAGUUUCAGAAAUCACAGGGAGUCCUGUCGCUUCUAAUUUCUUGAGUAACUUCCCGCAAAGCCACGAGGCUAAUCCAUCACUUAAACUAUUGUUUCAAGAUCCACCAAAUAGUGGAUUACAAUUCAAGAAAACAGAGACUUCGGUCACAAGUUGCUGUAGGUUAUUCGGAUUCGAUCUCAUGAGCAAGCCUACUGCUACUCCAGUCCUUCUUGACAAGCAAGUAAUAAGCGUGGAUUCAAAUAACUCUGGUUCUACCAAAUAUCAAGAUCCUAACUCGUCGAACUUGCCAAGGCAACAAACAUCAACAAGAAGUCGAAUCAAGGUGCAAAUGCAAGGAACAGCGGUGGGACGCGCGGUUGAUUUAACAUUGUUGAGAUCAUACGAUGGAUUGAUUAGUGAGUUAGAGAAACUGUUUGAGAUUGAAGGAGAGCUUAGGCCUAAAGACAAAUGGGCUAUUGUCUUUACAGACGAUGAAGGUGAUAUGAUGCUUAUAGGAGACGAUCCAUGGAAUGAGUUCUGUAAAAUGGCGAAGAAGUUAUUCAUAUAUCCGAGUGAUGAGGUCAAGAAAAUGAGCUCAAAGUCAUUGUUGGAUGAUGAAGUUACAAUCAUCAAUCUUGAAUAACCUUAAUUUACCACGAAGUUCUUGUUUCUUCUUCUUCUUUUUUUGGGUUGGAUUCUCUCACCGAGUCACGAUGUUAGGUGGCUUUGUUUUAUCUAAUUGAAGUUAUUAGGUGGUUUGCUACUUUAACAUAAAGUUUAUGUGAUUUUAUAUGAACUAGUAUUUUAGUUAUUUACGAAUAAAUCAUAUAUUAGGAUUACGAUGUAGUCGUCUUGUGUGGAGUGUGUACUUUUUGGACGUGGC